UGUUAAAGUGGCAUGAGAUUUGCAGAGGAGAACACUGUGACAGUCUGUGUUACACUUGCAGAGCUUUUCAUCUUUAAACCUCUAUUCAUACAGACAUGGACCUGACAUUGAUGCUGCAGUUCCAGCUGGUGGUGGCGCAUUUGGCCCUGGUGAUUGCCCUGCUGUGGUGGAACUCCAGCUCUGUGCUCCUUGCACAGGCAGCUCCAGAGCCUCUGGAGCCUCCUGCUGCUCUGGGUGUGGGAGACCAUCCCAUUGCCAGUGAGGAGAAAUCAGCCACCAGCCUGGCAGCCAAACUGUUCCUGCUUGAUGACUUGGUGUCUCUGGAGAACGAGGUGACUGAGACCAAGAAGAAAAGAAGCUUCCCAGGAUUUGGCUCCCCCAUUGACAGAAUUUCCUCAUCCUCUGUGGAUGCUAAGGGCAAACAGAGGAAAGUGCUGGAGCUGCCUAAGAGAAGGUUUGGAGUUCCUCUGGACCGGAUUGGAGUGAGCCACCUCGGUGACACCAGGGGUUAG